UGGAAAAGUAAAUAAAUAUUGUCACGCAUACUGUGAAAUCUUUUGUCCACAUUAUAAGUUAUGCUGUUUUUUAAAAGUGAGAGUACUCUUUAUUAUAUUAUUAUAUUAUGGUUGCACUGUAUUGAAGGGUCUUAUUAUAGUUGUUUAUCAGUGACACCGAAAUAUUUUAUUACUGUUGACGCUUGACAGACUAAACCCCACAAAGGACGCAACAUAUUCAAGGUUAAUAAAGCGCUGAAAAUGUGAAGUGGCUAGCGAACGUAGGCCUGUGAGAAGCCACAAAGAAACACGGCCGUGACAGGUGCACUUACAAAUAAUGAUUGCGUACACUUUAUGCUAUCAAGACAUCAUCAUUCAUUGGUGUUCUGACGUGUGUCAUUAUUAGUUUACUGGGAGUGAAUAGUAUCCUGAUUAAGAACUGGCACGCUAAGAUGAAGACCCCUUCGCAGAACAGCACAAGCAGUACGAACAACACACUUGAUGAAGCGCAUUCCAAUUUCAUUCCACUGAGCGCCGUCCUAGUACCAUCCAUCCUUCUUGCUGUUGUCACAUUAUUUGGCAAUUCUUUGGUCGUUUUAUCAUACAAGAUCAACAACAGACUGAGAACUCGAACUAACGCGUAUCUCGUCAGCUUAGCGAUCUCGGAUCUCCUGGUUGGCGGUAUCUCUUUACCCAUGUGGAUCUACAUCAUCUUAAUAGAGUUCAGCGAGUCAUACAUUUUUAAAGCAGCUUUCAGAAUUUUUGACGUCUUCGCAGCGCUCGCAUCCAUUUACCACUUGUCUGUAAUCAGCAUCGAACGUUACAUUGCUGUUUCACGGCCAUUUUACUACAAAUGCUUGUCUCCAUUCUUUCACCGAGCGAUGAUAUCUUCCACCUGGAUAUUUGCUGGCCUUCUAGCUUCACUGUCUUCUGUCACCAAUACCACCCCCUGGAUCAGCCGAGUUUACUCCACGGUGUUGUUCAUCGGCGGGUUCAUUCUCCCCAUCGCCAUAACAGCGUGCAUGUACACCGGCGUCUUUUCAGUGGCACGUUCUCUGCUCCGACGCAACUCAUCGCGCACUGCGAGCCAGGACAGCACGAAAAGCUUAAAGAAGUACUAUCAGAGGGAGAGAAAGGUGGCUACCACUGUAGCACUCAUCACUGGCUUAUUCCUCGUUGCUUGGGUGCCAUUUUUUACAGUGUCGGUUACAGCAGCAUACUGCCCCCAUUGCCUUCCCUCCUCACCAGGCUCCCUCAGGGGUCUAGUUAUCAUCGUCAAGAGUGUCCAUUACUUAAACAGCGCUGUCAACCCACUUGUGUAUGCGCGUCGUAACCCGGAAAUGAAACGGACAUUUUUAAAACUGCUGGGGCUAAAGCGUUUUAAUAGCGAGAAGGAAGUUCCUUGGGGAUUUCCACUCAGGCCUAGAUACUGAUAUCAGUGUGCUCUUAUUUGCACUGAGCAUGUAACACGGAAUACCGCUAGUCAUGAACUAUCUGAACAAGUACCUUAAGAACUUGUUAUAAUCCAUACAUUUUAUCUGAUGCUCACCAUCGAUUAACAGUCAGUCCCCAGUAACUAGUUUUGCAGUUCCUGAUAUGACAAAGUUACACAAAUAAUUCCAAGGUGAAGUCCUGGUGGUUUCGGAAGGCAAAAGCGGAUGUCCGUUCUGAAAUUAAUGUUUAUUUUAUUGUAGCUAAUUAGAGUCCUCAUUGUGUCGGAAAUUCAUGUCGAAGCAAACUAGUGUACCUAUCACUCCUCGCCCAUGAGUUUUGUGAAUUAAUUGAGAGACAAACAGUGAAAUCGGUAUUUUUUUCCGAAAAAAAAUAUUUAAGACCACAACGUAGGCGUUGGAUACGUGGCAAAAAAACGAGGAAGGAAUAAGUCGUUGACACAUAUAUAAAUGCUCAUAAGCGGAAGUUUGAGAGCGCAAGCCACAUAGUUAGUAGACAGCGCAUAUUUUGUGUCCAUGGAGACAAACAACGUUGAGUGUAAGCCCACGUUAUUUGAGUAUCUAGACUGAGCUAUAAAACUUAAAUAAGAUUUAGUAUUUAGUAUUAUGGGCUUUUUCAGUUUGAACACUGUAUAACCAGUUGUAACAUGUUAAGUGUGGUUGUCAAAAGUUGUUAAGUCAUUACAUCACAGUAACAAUGAAAUCGAACUUGUGUAGCUUUUCAGUAAUGUGCAACCAUUAUAGCAAGUAAGUGUUCAACUCUAACGGAAAAACCACUUUAUUACUGCUACUCAAACUGUUAAAAAAAUGUCGGCGAUACGAUGAAUUGACUGUAACCGUCUCCUUCCUAAUUAUCUCGCAAAAUUGAAAAUGAAAUCUUGAUUCUUGAGACGUUGACAAUCCAGUGGUGACGGCGGCCGCAUAGUUUGCCUUUACAAAACGAAAAUACGAAAACGCCAAAAUAUCGAUGGUCAUUAAAAUAAAAAUUGAUUUUAAUGAAUUCACAUGUUGUUUUCCUUGAGGCAUGAUUGUGUAUCCAGAGGCAUCCCUUAAUUAAGAUGGUAGACUAUUAGAUCUUCACGAGGCCGUAGUGAGGGCUCGUAAUCUUUUUCUCUCUCUUUCCACCCGUCAUUACAUUAUACAUAAACUGGGAACCCAAAGAGGUUGCACCCGUUAAAACAAUCAAACAAACUGUCAAAUUUGUUUCUUUAUUGUAGAGUUGGUAUCUUUCACCUCAGUAUCUUACUAGUUGAAAAAAUUAACGUGUUUAGUACAGGCGCCACUGAGACGCGGUCCAAUCACAUGCCUCGAGUUGCCUCAGAGAAACAACCUGGUUUGCUGUGAUUUCUGGACCUUGAUUUUAUCUUGAGUCCAAAAGAAUUAAAGCAUGCAAAGUUUUGAGGUCUUUGCUUAUUCUAGUUAUUUGUUUAUACUUUUUUUUCGGUUGGUAAUAUCUGGACAC